AUGGCAUUCGAACAUCCUUAUGUAUACAUGCCCAAUCAAUCAAUCAACCCUUUUCUUCUUUGCUGUAUUUGUCACCACCCAUUUGUAGAUCCAGUAAACACAACAGAUGGAAGACAUGGUUGCCGAGCAUGUUUCACGGGAAAUUUGUCGUAUCAAGCGGGUACAUUAACUGCAAUUGAAGAGAGGAUUGUAUUAGAGAUGUUGAAUGGCCUCCUGGUUAUCUGUACACAAUGUCGAGAAGAAAACAUUCCACGAGGUAGUCUAUCAACACAUGCAAGUCAAUCCUGUAGACGAGCCUUAGUAGCUUGUGAAGCCGCCGAUAUCAAAUGCCCAUGGCGUGGUGUGCGUGAAGAUUUAAAUGGCCAUAUGCAACAAUGUGUAUUUGAACCAUUAAGACCAGCACUGUCCGAAGUGCUCAGGGAAAAUAGAGAACUGAAACAACAAUUAGAACACUUAGAAAAUGUUCUGAACACUUUAAUACAACGACACUAA